AUGCAUCACCGUGUCCACCAUCGAUUCGCUCUCCGCCGCCAAGAUCUUCAUCGGCGGCAUCGAGAUCACUCGUCCAGAUCUAUUCAACAACGGAUUUCUCAUGAUUCACGAAAUCCAAGGCCAAGGAGAGGAAGAGGCGGUGACCUUCUGUGCAGAUCUCAAGGUGGGAACAAGGUGAGAGAAAGAGAGGAGAGAGGGAAUGGACCAGAUCUGAAGGCGGCGAGACCCGACCACCGUGUCGAGGACGUACCACGCCGCUGCAGUCCUCCUUCGCAACGGAGGGUGCUCUUUUACGGGACUGGAGCUUCGACGGGGUGA